AUGGAAGGUGAUGAUGAUAAAGAAUGUGACGGGAAAAAUAGCAUAGUUGACAAAAAUAAAUUCACUAUUCAAAUUGACAUAUUUUCUAUUUUACCUUCAGAUAUUGUAUUGAGUGCAAAGGAUUACUAGCUCAAUAUUGCUUAUAAAUUUGUUCUAUAUGAUGGGUAUCCUUAAACCAUAAUUACUGUAAAUUACGAUAAACUUAUAGAUGGAAUAUCCUCAAUCGGAGGUUAUCUUAAGAUAAUUGCACUGUUGUAAAUAUUCUUAAAGAUCAUAAACAAAAGAUAGUAUGAAAAAGAUCUUAAAAAUAAACUCUUUGAAAAGAUAAUGACAAAUUAAGAUAGUAAAACUAAUGAAAGGUAACUCUUUGAAAACAGAUAAAAGGAAUAGCAUCCUGAACUAAUAUUAGAAAGUACAGAAAAUUCCUAGUUAUAGAGAAUUGACAAUAGAAAUUCUGUGAGUGAUGGAUUUUAUACUAUUACAAUUGAUUAGAAAGUCUGCGAUAGAAUUUACAAUGAGCAUGUCAAUAUGGAGGAGAUGAUAAAACUUCUUGUUUAGAAUAUGGGAUCUCUAUAAAUUCCUAGCUAAUUUUAUAAAAAUUAGUAGUAAGAGGUCUAAACUAGAUUGUUCAGUCCAGAUUUGGAUAUUACUCAAUUAAUAUAAGAUGAUUUUUAGAAUCACAGGAAUACUUAAAAUGAAUUGGCUCCUUAGGAUGCUAACUAGAAAAUAUGGUAGAUUGGGAAAUAUGAAAGAAAUAGAUUUAUUAUGAAUUCUAAAUAUGUAAGAAAUCCAUAUGAGCUUUGA